AUGGAUAACCGCGGCUCCUUUUUCUUCUUCCUGCUGGUGUUCUACCUUCUCCUCAGUUCUCAGUCUCGACCGCCAUUGAUCGAUGAGGAUCGGGCACGGCAACGCGAGCUUGAUCAUGAGCGACAGGUCCUUCGGCUGUUGAAUGGGUCAAACUAUGGCGACUUCGAUCCACCCGCCGAUCGAUGGCUUCCUUUUUCUGGCUUGAGGGGGAAUGACAGCUACGCUUGGGACCUUUUCCCGCAGGUCAAAGGCCUGGCUCGCCACCAGUUACAAUCAGCGGUCUCAAAUGCCGGAUUAGAACCCCCGGAUGGUCUAGAACACCCCACCAUCUCGCCCACGUUGAACUUGACCAAGCUCCUACUUCCAGUAUACCGCAACUCAACCGGAAAGCUUCGGGGGGACUGGACUCGGCGAACUGAAGGUGCUGAUCGCCUUGAGCCUCUGAACGCGACGGCCAUCGCCGAAGAACACGAAUACUUCACCCAUGAAUUCAGUCAUAAUAUCACUGGCAAUGGGGGCACCUUUUACUUUGAUCUUGAAGAGGGAGGUGGUGAAGAGAUUCAGAUGGGCGAUGGAAUUUUGAGAGAGAUGCGAGCCAGUUUGACGGUCGAGAGCGAGGACUUCUGGGGAAGUACCUGGUACAUCUCUUUGUUUGGUGUGCACUUUCCAGACACCGGAAGUAUCGUUUUGACUACUACCAGUGAGAAAUUUGGUGGCAUCUUCUCGUUGCCGCAUUUCAUGCUAUCUUCUGACACUUACGAACUGUCCCACCAGCUUCUUCUCAAGUCGCUGUCAGACACCAUCUCGGAGAAGCGAAAUCGACCCCCAACACUGUUCCCUUGGUCCUCCCUAGCAGGAACAGAGCAGAUGGAGUUUCCUGCACCUAAAUGUGAACAUAUCAUCUACUUGCAGCAGCAUCCAGUUAUGCUCGACAAUGCCCCUGCUGACCGAUUGUUAUUGGAGCGAAUGGAGCAAGAGCUCAGAUAUCCUAUGGGAGCGCCAAUCCCAGAUCCUCCUCUUAUGGUCAUGUCUGCUGUUGUCUUUUCCCCAGAUUGCGGGUACAUACUUCAAACGAAAGGAACCCCCGAGUUCCCUCCUUCUGAUUCGCUAUAUGUGACUGGGCCAAAGCAUGAAGAGUACAGUAAAUAUGCAGCUCGUCUCAUCUUCGUGGUUUCCGGUGUUUUUGUUGCACAGAUCGCCCUGCUUCUCCGACAGAUCAAAGAGGCUUCGACUCCUUCUACCCGGAGUCGGAUCAGCUUCUAUACCGUCGCAUUGAUGGCGCUCGGUGAUGCAUUUGUUUUGACAUUCAUUGUUUUGGAACUAUACGCGGCAGUAUCUUUCUUGGUUCUGACCACGGCAUCAUUUUUGGCGUUUCUGUCGGUGAGUUAUAUUGGAAUGAAGUUCAUGAUGGAAAUAUGGGCAGUGCAAGAGCCAGAAAGAAGAGAGCAAAAUCGUUCGCCCAAUCCAUCAGGUCCGACUACUCGUCCAGGAACUUUGCCUUUGCCUGCCACUGCUCCGGUGCGAGAGUCGGGGACGAUCGCAAUCAUCUUGUCGCCCGACCAAGAUGCCCCCGACGAUGAGAUGGAUUCACCGCCACCAGCCACCCGAACCACUCCCCCAACUCCAAGGCAAAUCCGCAGCGACGUAGGAACGAUGUACGCACGGUUCUAUCUUGCGCUGUUUGGCAUGCUCAUCCUGUCAAUCUGGGCUUUCCUCCUACCGAGACGCCUCGGCUCGAUCUACACCCGAUUUUUGGCAGCAGUCUAUCUCUCCUUCUGGGUUCCACAAAUCUACCGCAACGUGAUGCGAAAUUGCCGCAAGGCGCUUCGAUGGGACUUUGUUGCCGGCCAAAGUGUUCUCCGGCUCUUCCCAUUCCUAUACUUCCUCACAGCCCGUGGAAACGUGUUGUUUAUCCGCCCCGACUAUACAAGCGCAUUCAUCAUGGCUGGAUGGGUGUGGAUCCAAGCUUGGAUCCUGGUCAGCCAGGACGUUCUCGGACCACGCUUCUUUGUGCCUCGUGGCUGGGCGCCGCAUGCAUACGAUUAUCAUCCCAUGCUGCGCGAUUUAUCCGGGGCGGACGAAGAUCUCGAAGCUAGUGGUGGCGUUUUGUCAAUUGCAUCCCUGCGGGGCGAUGAGCGUGAUCUUGUCAGCGACUCUAAAGACGACGAUAAGCAGCGGAAAGACCGCAAGAAGGCCAUAUUUGACUGUGCUAUUUGCAUGCAGGACAUCGAGGUGCCUGUCCUUCCUCCGCCUUCUUCUGCCUCGGGUGGAAGUAGCGUCACCGACGGGGCCUCAAGCAUCUUGAGUCGCCGGUUGUACAUGGUCACUCCUUGUCGUCAUAUCUUCCACACUGCCUGUCUGGAAAGCUGGAUGAGGCUUCGCCUCCAGUGUCCGAUCUGUCGUGAAUCCAUACCUCCUGUAUAG